AUGGUAGCAAUAAAUGAAGAAUUUAUUAAAAAAAAUAUAUUGGAUGAAAAUGCUAAUAUAUUUGGAGCAUGUAUAAUUGGUGCACCAGAAUGUAUGGUACUUUCAAAAUUAAAUUUUGAAAUUUCAAAUGAAGAAGUUAAAAGAUUAACAGAAGUUUUCACACUUUUCCGUGAAAAUCCAUUAGUAAUUGGUGGUAAAAUUUAUACAAGAACAAAAACAACAUCAAGUUAUAUUCUUGCAAAAAAUGAUACAACUGGUAUUGCAUUAUUUCAAAAUAAUAUGGGUUUGAUAGCGGUAGCAAAAUUUUUAGAUAACUCAAUAGAACCAGAAAGAUUAUUAAAAAUUUUACAAAGUGCAAUUUUAAAAGCUUUAUUAUAA